AUGAAGCACGAGAAGAUCAGCGUCGAUCGAUCCCCGGCUCCCCCCGCCGCGCCGCCCCCCAACGGCCAUCCACCGCCCUUGCGCGACGCGAAGCCCGGCCUCCCCGAACCCACCGUCACGAAUUUCGAGCCCUAUAACGAGUUCGACCGCAAGAUCGCCGACUUCCUGUUCGAUACGGUCGUUGCCGGACCGGAUCUGGGACACCCGUCGGCGGGAGGUCCGAGAGCCGUCUUCGAGAUCGAAGCGAAGAUCGGGACGCUGGUCUCGCGGGACGAUGGGGGCCGCAUAGCAUUGCCGGUCCAGUCGGAGACUAUCCUCGUCCCCGGUGUUUCGACAAGAUUCGAGAGCACAAUGUCUAAGCUCCAACAUCGGGACAUGAACCGCUUCUUGAACCGAGAAACGCAGCUAUCCCAACAACCCCCACGGAUCCCCGUGCACUACCGCCACUCAGUCGAAGUGGACACCUUCCACCCCCUCCGUCCCGCCGCCCUGGACCAGCUCCCCGCCUACGCCCGCGACCUCAUCUCCAUGCGCAAACAUGCUCCCAAAAUCCGCGUCACCCGGGACACCAAAACCAACCAGGUCACCGCCAAGAUUGUUAAAGCCCGCAUCGCCGACCUCGACAUAUUCUGCCCCGGCCAAAUCUUCGACAUCCGCAUCUCCGUCAACGUCGAAAUGCGCUACGACGGCCCCAUCGAGACCCUCGUCGACGGUGGCGACCCCAUGCACGUGGGCGCGAACGGGAACCCCGGGGGCCAGCCGCCACGCCGGAAAGACCGGUUAUCUUACGAGCAUCAGGGGGUAAGGAUCGACCUCACCCAGGUGGGCGAUCCGCGCGAUCCGUCGUGCACGCAUGAGUUGGAGGUGGAGGUGGAUGCGGAGGAGGUGCGGCGGCAGGGGUUGAUGGCGCAGGAGGGGGUGGAGAACUCGUUCGAGCCGUUGGUCAAGCGGUUUUUGGAUAACGUUCGGGUAUUGGUGCGGGCGGGGAAUCCACCGAGUAAAUGA